AGGGUGGCGCAUGCGCGUUAUGCCGACGCCAUCUCUAAACUACUGUGCCUGUUAUGUACUUGUUCUGGAGUGAAGUGAAUGGAAAUUCAUGGUUAAAAGUGCUAACAAAUCAUGGAAUUGUUUUGCUGCAAUUUAGAUCUUGCGUAUUUUUAGUGAAUUGAAACUUUAAAGUGCAAGUGUGAGAGUUGAAGUCUUCGGCGGGUAUCAAGGAAGUUCCUGGUUAUAGCAACGCAUUAUUUUUUGUUGCUAAAUCGUUCGCGGGUAGUCGUUGCCGUCUAUUUCAUGGGCUAUUGUCACCAAAACAGCUAGUGCUCGCUUUGUGGACGCAUACGCGUUCAUUAUGAAUUCUGCUUUGAAACCUGUGUUGGCACAACCGGGGGUUCCGCAGCCCGGUGGACAAUCUAGUCCCGCCAAAGGCAACGUAGCCACUGUGAACCACGCUGUAGGACACCCCCAAGGUGCGCAGAAUUCUCUUCAUCUCGGGAACAACUUAGUUGGGCACAAUCUGACCCACCACGCUCCGGCGCCUCCGCUGCUGCCACACGCAGUACCUUCCAUGGCUCCCAUAUCUGCAAACAUGGCUCAGAUGGCUCAGAACAUGAGUCACCAUGGCAACCUGUCCCAUGUCACACAGAAUUCUGUGGCUCCUGCUGUAGCAGCGAGUCCAAGUAAAACUACAAGUUCACCAUUGAGCUUAGUGCAAGAUAAGGCAAAUACAUCCCAGCCACUAGCUCUAACGAGAACUCCUGAAAAGAAAGAUGCUGAUUCAACUGGUCCUGCCAAUGGUACCAUAGAUUCUACAAAAUCUGGGACAAACACUCCGAGUCCAUUGAAACCUCAAAAUCCAGAGAGCAAUAAGGAAAAACAAGAUAUUGCUAAGACAUCACCUAGUACCCCUAAACCACCUGAGAAGACCUGGAGUGGGCCACCUCAAAAAUCUGAAACAUCAAACUCUAAUAAUCAGACAGAAGGCUCUACACAACCUAAAAUGGCAACAGCUAAUGAACCACCUGAGAAGUCACCUUUAAAACCAAUAGAAAUUAAACCAUCACCGGCAGCUGAUGUUGCUCCGAGUCAGAGUGACAGUAAGCCAGAAACAGCAAAAGACAGUCAAUUACAAGAGAAAGCAUCUCCAACAGAAAUUGUUGCAGAGGUUAAAGGUGAGAAACCAAAAGACACUAAGGAGGAAACUAAGAUUGAACCUCAGUCUUCUGAAGUAAAGAAUGAAGAUAAAGUUGACAGCUCAAAAAAAGAGGAACAAACCGAACAGAAACCACAAAGUUCGGAUGAGAAAAUUGAAGAAAAAAAACUAGAAGCAAAACAGAUUAAAGUUGAUAAUAAACCGAAAUCAACUCUCAAGCUGGCGACAGUAACACCUCCAAUGAGAAAAAGACGACAGACAUCACUGAGCAAGACUAAUGAUGGAUCUACUCCAGCUAAAAAGUCAGUUGAAGAUGCUUCUUCUGAAACUAGAAUGAAGAGAAAUAGGACAAAGGUGCAAUUAUACCAAUCUCCAACUCCUGAAUUGGCCAUGGCGACAAAGUUAUCUGCUUCAGCAGGCCGUUCUACACCAACCAAACCGAAUGAUGACAAACUAAUUGUCUUCUACAAAAAUGAAUAUUUGGCAGUACGUAAUGCAGAAGGUGGAUUUUAUGUAUGUCAGACAAUGCAAAAUGUUUACCGUACUACACGCAAAAUCAAGAUUCGUUGGCUUUCCCAAGAUAAAUCUUCAGAUCCAUCAGGGGAAACAUAUAAACCAGAUUUCUAUGAUAUCACAGACAUGGAGUGCGUGCUGACGACGCUGUCGCUGAGCCGCGCGCCGGGCGGCGGCGGGGCGCAGCUGCUGAAGCCCGCGGAGGCGGCCCGGGCCAGCUCCAUACUCGAACGGGCACUGAAGGCGGAACAUUCUGGUGGAAACAAUAUAGAAUUAACCGAAGAACACCCUGAUGGAUUGGACCUGUCGCUGUACACGGACGAGUCGCAGCUCGACAAGAAGUCGCGCAAGAGGAACAGCUCCAAGUCCUCGCCGCGCUCCAAGCUCGACUUCACCGACGACGACGCGAGAGACGAUGCGACGCCCGUCAAAAAAGCGCGAACGAUGCCAAAGCGCAGUCCAAAAAGCGCACGUAAAAUUAAAAGCUCGGCGUCGCCAACAAAACAAUCUAAACGGAAGUCGGCAGGUAGUAAGGCGGCCGCAAGCAAGACGGCAACACCAGUAACGGACAAAUCGAAAAAGAGUACGCCGACUAAACGAACCGUCGCUAAGCACAAGGACAAGCUCGACACUCCUCCAGCGACCACCACUCGGAAGGGUAGAAGGACUUCUGCGAGAGAAUUGAAACCAUCCCCCAUAGUGCCGACUCCGUCCACGUCGACGGGCAAGACUACUCGCACUCCGCGGAAACCUCCUUCAAAGAAAUAAUAUAAACUUCACUCUACUUGACGAAGGUCAAGUAAAAGGACUAUUGUGCCGAAUAGACGUUGCGUAUAUUACGGAUUUGUACUUUAAGUGUCUUAUAUGAUGUAAGCUGAUGGGCCAUCGGACGCGUCCGAGAUCGAUCGGUAUCGGUUUAGCGACGAUCAUUAGAAUCGAUUAGAAUGAAUUUUCGUGGUAAUUUUUUUUUUCUCUUUAUUUUUUUCUGUUGAAAGUUAUCAUUUUUUAUUUGUCAACGAACGCGACGAUUCUUAAAUAGUAAUAAUUAAUAGUUGAGUUUGAAGGCUUUCAUCGUUUAUAGUAGUAUUCUAACAGUUUGGUAUUUUUGAAGAAAAAAACCUAAAAAAAAACUAGAAUGUUCUUGACCAAGCUUAUUUCAAUAUCAAUGGUACUAUUUUACGUGAAACUAGUGAAUUGACGUAAUUUUUAUUAUUCGAUAAGCCUGGAUUUAUCGAUUCCGUUAAGAUGUGUAUUAAGAAUUGCUUAUUUGAGGAGUAUCAGAAUAAAAUCAAAUAAAUCAUCCUUAAUGAGUCAAUGCUGAUAAAACUCAUUUAACUCUGUUAAUUUUAUUUAAAUAAAGCCACGAUGACAAAUUUCCAAAUGUUACUUUGUGAAUAUAUAAAUUUUUGAUUUUGUAUUUAUGCAAAACACCAAACAUGACCAGACAUGAUAAAUAAUAUAGUAUAUCUAAUAUAGAAAAUUCUCGUGUCACAAUGUUCGUUCCCAUACUCCUCCGAAACCGCUUGACCGAUUCUCAUGAAAUUUUUUAU